AUGAAGUCUUCUAUAAAGUGGAACGCCGAUACCGCACAGGUUUUAACGUUCUACAGAAAUGUGCUUGGUAUAGUUGGACUUUGGGUGUUGGACGAGAAAGACUUAUUUUCUAGGAUUCGAUGGUCUCUGUCGACGAUGGUGGAGAUAAGCGCGACGGUUAGCUUGUCGCUAGAAGUUAUUCGACAUUGCAAGAACCACGAGGAUACCCUGAAUGCCUUCCUAUCAGCGUCUUCGUCAGUAAUCAGCAUGUCGAAGCUGCUCUUGCACCGUCUGAAUUGGAGGCACAAGCUGAUAUUGGUGGAGUCUGUGAUUCAUGACUGGACUUUUGUGAAAAACCCUUCAUCACGCGAUAUCAUGCUGAAAUACGCGCGCAGAGGUCGGCUGGGCGCCACGGCGAUUUUCGCUCUCGGUUGCGCCUCCUGCGUGUUCCUCUUUACGCAGUUUGUGCUGGGCGAUAUGAAGAUGCCGUGGGAGCAGAUUUUCAACAACACGCACGUCGAGAGGAGGUUGCUCUUGGCCGCAUAUUGUGUCUUCGACACGUACACUUCCUUCACUUACGGCUUAAUCGAGAUUCUGCAGUCGCUGCAGAUCCUCGUCAAUUGCAUCUCGCAGUGCGGCAACGACGGGUUCUUCUUCGGUCUCACAAUGCACGUGUGCGGACAAUUCGAGGUCCUCAGGACGGACUUCGCUGCGAUGAGCUGCGAGGAGUUGCUUUGCCGUCCCCAACUCAUCAGAUUAUUGAAGAGGCAUCAUCGCCUCAUAUGCAUGGCGUAUCAUCUGAAAAGGGCAUUCGAUAUGGUCAUCUUGGCGCAGCUUUUCAUGAGCGUUAUGCUCUUGUGCGUCGAAGGAUUUCAAUUGCUUCUCACGCUCGCAAUAAACGAGACAUUCGCUGCGAUGAAACACGCACUUUUCAUCAUCGUGCUAUUGGUGCAACUGUUCAUUUACUGCUUCGCCGGACAGACAUUGGAGUUGCAAUCGGAGGGACUUGCUUAUGCGAUCUACGAGUCACCAUGGUAUUGCUUCGACGUAAGCGUGAUGAAAAAUCUACCAAUAAUGAUUCUUCGAGCGGCUACCCCUCAUCAGUUGACCGCGGGAAAAUUUUUAGCAAUAAAUUUUGUGAGUUUUAAGGAGAUUCUGAAGGCUUCCGCCUCGUACUUGUCCGUACUGAGGGUAAUGUUAGAGUCGUGA